ACGUAAUGUUUAAUCUGGGAAGAAAACGUAAAGAUGGCGUUGGCAGCAGCGAGAAGAGCGAACGUUCGUCUGCCGCCCGAUGUGAACAGGAUACUCUACGUCAGAAAUCUUCCAUUUGAGAUAUCAACUGAGGAAAUGUACGAUAUAUUUGGCAAAUUUGGAGCCAUCAGACAAAUCAGACUGGGAAGUGCAGCUAACACUAAAGGGACGGCUUUCGUCGUGUAUGAAGAUAUUUUCGACGCCAAGAAUGCUUGUGAGCACUUGUCAGGAUUCAACGUAUGCAACAGAUAUCUCGUGGUGCUCUACUACCAGCCACAUAAGGCAUAUCGGAAGAUGAACAAAGAUCUCAAGAAAGAAGAAAUUGAACUUCUCAAAACCAAAUACGGCAUUGACUUGGAAAAGGACAAGUGAUGAUGUCAUUUUUACAUUUCAUGAUGUAAUUGCUUCACAUUAACUUUUACCUACUGAUUCUGACUCUUUCAGUCGUGUAAAAAUGGGCGGAUGACCAAAUGACAAACAGUUUGUUUCAUUAAACCUUUUAACCCCUUCCGCACUAGUCAGGAGGCAUUGAAAGAGCGGUGUCGGAUUUCAAAUUCAAAUCCUGCUCGAACCCAAUCCUUCGCAGAAUCUCACGAGCAGACGUUGGAAUGACUGGGUAGAGGAGAAUGGAGCUGAGACGAAGAGUUUCCACCACAGCCGAUAGAAUGGUCUGGAGCCAGGGGUAUUGGUCUGGAACCUGGACCAGCAUCUUCCAGGGGGCGUGUCUGUCGAUCAACAGAUUGGCCUGUAGCAGUGGAGGGGGAGUGAAGAGCAAGCAAGAGAGAGAGAACCCCCCUCUCUAAUCCAGACACC